CGUGUCACGGAUGCGGCUCGGCACCGACCACAGGUGCUGCCAACGCUCGGGCGCGGCCACUUCGCCAUUUGCGAUUGCAACGCCAUCGGCUGUGCCACCUGCCUGUUUUCCUGACCCACAGGUGCCAGCGCGUUUCUAAAUCCAACGCGCUACGUCCGUAGGCCAGUUGUGCGUGGAUUUCGACUGACCUCAUCUUCGUGACCGCACGCACGGAUUCACCACUUCGUUUUCUUCGCCUUCACUAGGACACGAGGCACUUUGGUGGACGAUGAAUCGCCAGCACCGCUUCCAGAUGGGCGACACCAGCGCCGACGGCUUGCAGGACAGCGACGUACGCGCGCCGGCGGAGGAUCUCAAGAUCACGCCCGGUCAAAAUACACAGCCGUUCAUCGAUAUCUCUACGCCGUCGCCCAACUCGCGCAAUAAGCGCUCGGCCAGCAGGAAGGGCAGCAUGAAGAGUAAGCGCAUGCCGGCACCACCCCCGCCUCCUCCUCCCCCGAUGGCCAGCCAAACCGGCAUGGUGUCCUCAUUCCACAGCACAGCCAACUUCAUGGACAGCAGCCAGUUCAUGAACAUGAACUCCUCCACCACACAUUUCCUCGGACGCGGCCCGCCCAAGAUGAGCGCGAACUGCAAGAGCAGCCGUGGCAACCACCGUCGCCGCCCUAACGUCCAGGCCAUGCUGGGCGCGUCCAUGGUGCGCCAGAGUUUGGCACGAGCGUCGAACCUGUCGUCCUUCGCCGGCUCCAGAUACGGUCCGCAGCCCGGCAGCGAUGUCGUGUCCGUUCCAGUCCUGGGCGAUUGCAACUUCGAGCAGAAAUACAACGUGGCCAUGAGUAUGGACGAACACGCCAUUAACAGCAACAACUCAGCCUACACCCCCAUGGAGAAGCUGCACGCAUUGCGCGACGUUAUGAGCAGCAUCACCAGUAAGGACGGCUACAUUGAGCGUGAGACUUUUUCGCAAGCGUUCGAAGUAAAUGGCAACGAGUUCGAUGGCUACGCUACUGGCAAUGGCGCGAUCGACGGUAACGCCAUUCUGAUUGACGCGGUAAUGGACUUGGAAGUGGACGCUGAGGAGAAGCUGCGUUUCAUCUUCGAAACACUCGACCCGGACAACACAGGGUAUGUCAUCGAAGACCAGAUCGUUCAGCUACUAGAAUCGAACUUUUCGGCGGCCCAUAUUGACGUGGUGGGCACGGACUUCAAGACUGUGGCCAAUCUGAUGUUCCGCAAGGCUCAGGUAAAGAACGAGUCGAUGACGUACGAGCAGUUCAAGACGGUGUUCGCACCCUACAUCAACGACUCGUACAACCUCCGGAAGUCUGUACCCAUGUACACGGCUCCUAUCCGGCCCAAGAGCAAGUUCGGUGCUUGGUAUAGUGCGAACAAACUCCGCAUCUGGUGGCUUCUGGUGUACGUCAUUGUGAACAACAUCGCCUUCUGGGUCAAGUGGUUCUCGUACGAAGUGGAUCCCGCCAUCGGUUGGGGUCUCCGUAUUGCCCGCGCUAACGCUCAAGUGGCGAUGGUUAACUGUGUAUUCGUUCUGCUACCCAUGUGCCGUUCCAUCACACAAGUGAUGAAGCGUAGCCGCUUCCUGUGGCGCUACAUCCCCUUUGAUGAUAGUAUCGCCUUCCACAAGAUUGCGGGAAGCGUGUUGCUCAUUGCUGGUCUUAUCCACACCGUUGCCCACAUCUUCAACGAGGUGUACCUGUACCUGAUUGCCACUCCUGAAGAGAUCAAGCGCUCCAUCUUCGUCACUCGUCACGUAUCUUCGUUUGUGAAUGGAGAGCGACCUCCGUUCACUACAAUGCUUCAGUCGCUUCCAGUGUGGACGGGUGCGAUUCUCCUCAUCAUCACGUGCAUUUCGUUCCCGCUUGCUGCGAUCCCUAAGUUCCGCCAGGGCAAGUUCAACCUCUUCUGGUACUCACACAUGCUCUUCGGACCUUUCCUGAUUGUGUUGUCGUUCCACGGUGCUGCUUCAUGGCUCGCUCGCUCCUCUUCCUACAUCUGGAUUACGCCUCCAUUCCUCAUCUACCUCAUUGAGCGCCGCUUCCGCUACGCCAAGAUGUUUGCUGCGCCUGUGCGUAUCAUGGAGGCCAUGGAACUCGACGGUACCGUUGCUUUGUUCAUGGAAAAACCCCGUCGAUUCGUCUACAGACCGGGUAUGUACAUGUUCGUCAACUGUCCGCUGAUUUCCUCCCAUGAGUGGCACCCGUUCACGAUCUCGUCGGCUCCUGGAGAUAACUACAUCAGUGUCCACAUCCGUGUGUGUGGUGACUGGACUCAAGCCCUGGGUCGAGUCAUCGCAGACUGCCACGAGCGCAAGGUGCUGUAUCCAGACAUUUACCUGGAUGGCCCCGUUGGCGCACCGACCCAGGAUUACCACCGCUACAAGACCGUCAUAUGUGUCGGUGGUGGUAUCGGUGUUACCCCGUUUGCUUCAAUCCUGAAGGACGUUGUGCACCUUUGGGAAGACAACCGCUGCCCCAACUGCAGCCACGUCCGGCAUCCAGGCUCGUUCAAGAUCCAGAAGCUCUACUUCCACUGGGUAACUCGUGGACAGGAAUCGCUAAGCUGGUUUGAAGAAACGAUGAACCAGAUUUCCGAGAUGGAUCGCGAUAACGUGAUAGAGACUCACCAGUACCUGAGUACGGUGAAGGGCAGCGAGAACACAUCGCAGCUCAAGAUGUUCCAGGAGUUCGUGCACGAGCAAACAGGCAAGGACUUUGUGUCAGGGCUUAACACAAAACAGCUCACUCACUUCGGCCGUCCGGACUGGGACAAGGUCUUUUCAGAAGCCAAGGCGAAUCACCCUGGUGAAGAGGUCGGCGUGUUCUACUGCGGCCCGCACGCGCUUGAGGAGAUCCUGGAUACCACGUGCAAGCGGUACUCAUCCUCAGACCCGAAUGGAACCAUCUUCGAUUUCCACUCGGAGAAAUUCUCAUAGAUUAAACAGAUAUACGUCGUUAGUUUGCUCUGCUGUCGAUCGAAAGGCAGCUCGUGUUCAAAGCGUCUUUGCUAAUUGAAGCAAAUCAAUUGUUAAACUUGUACUUCGUAGUAAUCACUGCAGUUCUGUUUCUCUCGUAAGCCCA